AUGCGGUGCUGGGUGCUGACGAGGCUCUUGACUGUGAUAUCGCUGAUAUCUCUCUGGCCAGGGGUUCUAGCGUAUGUCCCGCUCUCUGACGAGACGCUGCAACAUGGUCUUCCCCGUCCAGAGACCAGCGAUUUCGACAUACACACCGGAAAUCUCCUUGCGCCUAUAUUGAUUCCACGAGUUCCCGGCACCGAGGGCUCCAAGAAGGUCCUCCAGCAUUUCGUCGAUUUCUUCCGCACCUCUUUGCCGGACUGGUCAUUGACCUUCCAGAAUUCGACCGCGAAGACACCCACCCACGGAGACAAAGAGGUGCCGUUUGUGAAUUUGAUUGCCACUCGAGACCCCCCUUGGACACAGUCCGGCAAUGUCGGGCGCUUGACCUUGGUAGCGCAUUACGAUUCCAAGUACGAGCCGAAAGGAUUCAUUGGUGCGAUCGAUUCGGCGGCACCGUGCGCCAUGAUCAUGCAUGCCAUCAGAUCCAUAGACGCAGCUUUGGCAAAGAAGUGGUCUACGAUGCAAGAGCAGGGGUUUACGGAUCCUGAAUUUGAGGAGCAAAGGGGAAUCCAAGUACUAUUUCUCGACGGCGAGGAGGCUUUUCUCAGCUGGACUGCGACCGACAGUAUAUAUGGAGCCAGGUCGCUUGCCGAGGAGUGGGAGCACACCAUGCACCCAGCCACGAGUGUCUACAAAAACUACCUCGACUCUAUCGAACUGUUUGUGCUGCUCGAUCUUCUCGGGUCCUCAGAAGACCGUCCAAUUCCGUCCUGGCAACACACCUCUCAUUGGUCAUAUGUGAAAAUGGCCGAGGCCGAGCAACGACUUCGCAAGCUGGGCAUGUUCCGGAGUAACCCAUCGCGGACGUGGCUGCCCGAAAAGGAUAAGAAGGAGACGGAUAGAUUCGACAGCUAUAUUAUGCAAGACGAUCAUAUCCCUUUCAUCGCUCGGGGUGUCCAAGUCUUGCACCUCAUCCCCGCUCGGUUUCCUUCCGUCUGGCACACGAUGAAGGACGAUGGCGCGCAUCUAGACAUCCCCACGGUGGAAGACUGGGCUCUCCUUACUACAGUGUUUGCCGCCGAAUAUAUGGAGCUGGAGGGUUUCUUCGGAGACUCGGCAGCAGCUAAGUAUGACAAAAGGCAUGACGAGUUUACAAGUAAGGAUGAACUAUAG